UCCUUGCAGUCGGUCCAGGUCGGCAGCUCCAGCUCCAGCUCCACAGUGCGGGUGCGGUGGGCAGGCUGGAUCAUUAGGAAACAUCUGUGAAUGGAAUCAAAUAAAAAAAAAAGAAGGGUUAGGAAACAUGGAUCUGAAUCACUGAGGAGAGGAGAGGGGGGUCGUUACGAGGACCGGGACUUCAGGAGGGAGAGGAGAGCUGUCCUGUCGCUGCUCUCUGCCCGCAUCCAUCUCCACCUAUCUCCCAAGCUCGAUCUCAUCGCAUCAAUGGCCAUCUGAAUCAACCAAGCCAUCUGGAAGCUUUCAGUCCCAUGGAACGGAUCCUCAAGUCCGCCAGGGAGUCGGGCUCCCUCAACCUCUCCAAUCGCUCCCUCAGGGAGAUACCCAAAGAGGUGUACAACAACUUGGACACAGGCAGCCAGGACGAAAAAUGGUGGGAGGGAGUGGACCUCCAAAAGCUCAUUCUGGCUCACAAUAACCUUGAGGUGUUAAGAGAAGACCUUAGAAACUUGUCUUCUCUUGUUGUUUUAAAUAUAAGCCACAACAACAUAUCUUCCCUUCCAGCAGCUAUUGGAGAUCUCCCGUUGCUAAAAUCACUGGACAUAUCUUUCAAUCAAAUAAACACUCUGCCUGAAGAGAUUGGCCUGGCUACUGCUUUAGUCAAGGUUGAUUUCUCAAAUAAUUUCCUUACUGAGCUUCCACCUAGCCUUGCCAAAUGCCCGGACUUGUCCGAACUCAAGGCAUCGAACAACAACAUAUCCAGAAUACCUGAUGUACUUGCUGGCUGUUCCAAGUUAAGUAAAUUGGAUCUAGAGGGUAACAAGCUUGUGAUGCUUUCUGAAAACAUGUUUGUGUCAUGGACAAUGCUCACAGAGUUGAAUCUCGCAAAAAACCUGCUUACAGCCAUCCCAAGUAGCAUCGGAGCACUUCCAAAACUAAUUCGCCUGGACAUGCAUCAGAAUAAAAUAACAUCAAUUCCUCCUUCCAUAAAGGGUUGCUCUUCGCUAGCCGAGUUCUACAUGGGAAAUAACCUAUUGUCUUCAAUACCAGCUGAUAUUGGUAUGCUAUCAAAAUUAGGCAUACUUGAUCUCCAUUCUAAUCAGCUAAAGGAGUAUCCAGUUGGAGCCUGCAACCUCAAAUUAUCUUUCCUCGAUCUAUCGAAUAACUCAUUAUCUGGUCUGCCCGCUGAACUAGGUAAAAUGACUACCCUAAGAAAGCUUUUGCUUACUGGAAAUCCUAUGAGGACACUUAGGAGUUCAUUGGUUUCUGGACCAACGACAACAUUGCUGAAGUAUCUGCGCAGUCGGCUUUCGUCUGAUGAGGAAGCAUCAGGAUCUGGAAGCACCCCGACAAAAGAUGACCAAAUUGCUGCAGCAAGGCGAUUGUCCUUAUCUUCAAAGGAACUGGACUUGAGCGGUCUUGGUGUGACCAGUGUACCAGCUGCUGCGUGGGAGACAAGUGAUGUGGUGAAACUGGAUCUUUCUAAAAAUUCAAUAGAAGAUCUACCAAACGAGUUGUCAUUAUGCUCAUCACUUCAAUCCUUAGUUUUGUCUAAUAACAAGAUAAAAAAGUGGCCUCGCACAGUGGUUUCCUCUCUUCCCAGCUUGUCUUCCUUAAAGCUGGACAAUAACCCCUUGGUAGAGAUAUCAUCCACUGAUCUUGUGCCUCUGUCCAAACUUGAAGUACUUGAUCUAAGUGGCAAUGCUUCAGCACUUCCUGAACCUUCUGCAGUUUCUGCAUUACCACAGCUGCAUGAGCUCUACCUAAGACGAAUGAAACUCCAUGAAUUUCCUAAUGGUUUGUUGGGCCUAAAACAGCUUCGGAUUCUUGACCUGAGUCAGAAUAGCCUUACAACUGUGCCCGAGGGCAUCAAGAAUUUCACUGCUCUCAUUGAGCUUGAUCUGUCAGACAACAAUAUAACAGCACUCCCAGCAGAGCUGGGAUUACUUGAAGCUAACUUGCAAGUGUUGAAACUGGAUGGAAAUCCACUAAGAAGCAUAAGACGAACUCUGUUGGAGCGAGGAACAAAAGCAAUUCUCAAGUACCUCAAAGAAAAAUUGCCUGCUGAAUAAUAUUUAUAGAGCAAAUUAUUGUGGAGUCAUGCAAUAAAAUGUUUUUUUUUGGCUACUGUAUCUUGUGUUAUUCCUUUUCAAUAUUCUGGACUUAAUUUUAUGGAAAAAAAAUCUGGAUCUUGUGUGAGAAGGGAGCUUUGUGAUCGUUUGUGUGUUUGCAUCCUGAUAUUAUCCACAUGUUUUUAUUGGAGCAA